AUGCCUCUUAGCACGACUUCUUGUGGCUCCAACAGCUCUUCGUCAGGGUUUUCUAGCGAUGAGGAUACAGUGGACGUGUCAGACAUGACAUCUUCGUCAUCGUGUAUCCCUAGUGUUCACGUUGAGGUGUUGGACGAGAUCGAGGAGAUAUGCACAACGCCCGCAUCUUCUUGUAUCCCGAUCGAUUCACAGGUCUCUCUAACGUCCUCCAACAUAUUGCAAUGCUGUCGUGAAGUGACCGAUACAAUAUUGCAGACUUCAAAGCCGCUAAAUUUCCAAUACGAGCAAUAUACUGCAGCAAUUGACCACAUUACGAGCCAUUGGCCGACGGCUGAGCAUGAAAACAACUUGAAAUCGUACCACUCUCUUCGUGCAAAGCUUUAUGGAACCUUUCAACUAGCGCAUCCUUUAACGGAAGAUAUGUACUUUCAAUGGAUCAAAGACUGUCUUGUUCGUGGAGACACAAUUGAAGAGCUUAAGAGGAUUUAUAAGCUAUCACAAACCGAUUAUUGGUCCGUGUCUUUAACAAUGGAGUAUUUAAGAUUAAUAAAGGACAAUGGAAACGAUGAAGAGCUCAAAUUAGCCAUGAAUAAGGCACAAACGACGGUCGGUAUGCAUUUUACAAGAGGCCACGAAGUUUGGGCACUUUGUCGGGAACUCACGACGGAAAAGUACGAGGAUAGAGAUACGAAUGAUGAGCUGAAGAAGGAACAGACAAUACGAGAGCUUUUUUGUAAGCAAAUGCGAUUGCCAUUGGAUCAGAACGAUCUCGUGAUGUCGGAAUUUCGUGCUUGGAACACGUACAACACACGAGAUGCUAAGGCUUCAAUAUCUGCUUUCGAAGUGGCUUUAGAGCGACAAUCGAAAGUAUAUGCACCAUUAAUGAAGAAAUUGAAAACGUAUGAAGCCAAUGUGAAUGCGAUGGACAACCCUGAGCAGAAUUGGCAGCAGUAUUUGAACUUUGUGAAACAUCGAGUUGCUUCGGUAAUGCUAAGUGAAGAUGAAGGGAAGCAAUAUGUCGUAUGUUUGUACGAACGCGCUUUAUCGAGCGUAUGUUUGAGCUCUCCGUUGUGGACUAGUUACUUAAAUUUCGUUGAGUCGAGUCUCACACAAUCAACACUAGCAGUUGCUCGAAGAGCAGUACGGAAUGUGCCGUUUGACUCUUCAAUUUGGACGAGAUUGCUGCUUGAAAUGGAGUGUCGAAACGUAAAUUUCGAGGAGGUUUCACAACUGAUAGAAAGGGAAUUCUUUGAACGAUCGAAUUUGCCGUUAAAUGAGUUACAUCUGCUUAGUACGUUGCUCACAUGGUGCGAUUUGGUACGUCGGCACGUUUCAAGCAGCAUAUCAAAGGAAUGCUCGUUUGAAGAUACGAUUCGACGUGUGGAAACCCAGAUAAAUAAUGUCUUUCACGAGUGUCAGCAGCUAAUAAUGAGGGCGUAUCCGAGCUACAUGGAAGGCAAGUUGCGACUGGCAGAAUACCACGCAAAAUGUUACUGGACACUUUUGUCAAUGAAUCGAAUACCAGACAUGAGAGUCGUGGACAAAAUGAACGAAUUAUGGCAAAAGACGGUCUGUACCGGUCUUGGAGAUUACGCGGCAACUUGGAUUGCCUACCUGGAUGCUCUUUUACGAACAAAUAGUAUUUCAGUUGAAAGGAUUCGUCAGAUCGUGUUUGAUGAAGCAGUGCAGCGCGUGAAGGAAUCACCGUUGACUCUGGCCAACUCAUGGCUUGUGUUUGAACGUGAAAAUGGCGAUUUGACCAACUAUCUUCGCGCCCGACGGUACUAUGAGAAGCAUUGUGCGUCCGUACAAUUUGCAGCUUCAUCUGAUGCUGUGGUGUUAGCAACUGAUCGCGACGAACCAGCUGAAAAUGUAAAAAAACGGAAAGCUAGUGCUAGUAAGCAGUCAAAACCGGCUUUUAAACAACCGGAUUUGAAACGUGCAAAAGCUAAUUCGUGCAAGUCCAAGAAGAGUAGCAAUACGACACCGAAAAGCACCGAGAAAAAAAAGCAGUACGAGAAAUUAACUAAUGAACAUACGCUAUUCCUGUGCAACGUGUCGAAAAACGCGAGUAAAGGUGAUAUUGAAGACUUAUUUCGCGAUAUUCCGACGUUAAAGGAUGUUCGACUAGUUGUCAAGACGCGUGGCGACCGGGUUUUGUCACGUGGAAUGGCGUACGUCCAGUUUUCGGACGAGGAAGGUGUAGAAGCUGGACUUAAACGAAAUGGGUUUCUUUUGCAUGGACAUCCGCUUCGCGUCGAGCGAUCCAAACCUCCAGUCACGUCAGCUUCUACAGCUGGAAAAUUGAAUAGCCAAAGCUUUUGGAAGUCUGAUCCCUUGACGUUGUAUAUUGGCUAUUUGAAUCGCGAAGGAUCUAAGGAGCAAGUGACUGAAGAACAGCUACAAGUGGCGUUACAACAGUCUAUGCAAACAGCGGGUGAGCUUGUGGUUGUCACUCGUGUGUUGAUUUUGAAGGACCGACAUGGGAAAUGGAAAAAUUAUGGAUUAGUAGAAGUUGCUGAACCUUCCCAAAAUGCUUUUUGUUUGGCCAAUGUGGCUGCACUUCAAGCGACAUUGGGUGACCAAGUGACGAUUACACCUUCGCGGUUUUCCAUUGCUCAUAUUCUGGAGCAGCAGAAAAAGCAGCAAAAGCAAAAACUAGAACGUAAAUUAGAAAGCAACAGUGCGAAGGCACCAUCUGAUCGACCGCUUACGAGACUAAACAUCGGUUCGACAACAAGUUUGUUGCCACGUGCGUGCCGCCGGAAAUCGGCAGUGUCUACAAACGUGUCAGAGACUGCAUGUACUGUGCCAAAGACUAAUGAAGAAUUUCGAAAACUGUUUUUAAAGUAA